AUGGCCGACGCUAACGAUUUAUACAAAGACGAUCUUUAUGGUGAUUUAGAUUUGGAGGACCUCGAUGAUGCCUCUCAAUUAGAAGAAUUAGUUGAACCACCAGAACUUGAACCUGCUACUAACAACGUAGGAGGACCAAGUACUGGUGUACCUCAAUCUAAUGUUGUCCCCAACGCUCCUGCUCCGGUAGCGGCGGCGACGACGAGUCAACCUAAUUUAGGCAACUUUGGUAUGAUUCAGCAACAAGACCCAUUUGGAAACGGCGGUGCUGGUGCCGGUGGUGAUCCAGCUUUGGAAAGGAUAAGACCAAGUGAUAUGCCUGAUGAGGGUAAAAUGUUCAUUGGUGGAUUGAACUGGGAAACAACAGACGACGGCCUCAAAGCUUAUAUGGCUCAAUAUGGCGAAAUCGAAGCUUGUACAAUUAUGAGAGAUCUUACUGGUCGAUCAAGAGGUUUCGCUUUUUUGACUUACAAAACUUCUGAAGCCGUGAACAAGGUCUUAGCGCAAACGCAUACAUUGGAUGGGAAACAGAUUGACCCAAAACGAGCUAUUCCCAGAGCUGAGCACGAAAGAACCGCCAAGGUAUUUGUUGGAGGAUUGGCACCUUCAGUCACCGGAGAAUCUUUGAGAACAUUUUUGACUCAGUUCGGCGAAGUUAUGGACGCGACUGUCAUGUUUGACAAAGAAACAUCAAGAUCUAAAGGAUUCGCAUUUGCCACUUUUGCAGAUGAAGAUAGUGUUCAGAGAGCGAUGAACAUGACGGGAAUUGAAUUGGAAGGUAAACAAAUUGAGAUUAAAAAGGCUCAACCAAGAGGUGCAGGUACACAACCUGGUAAAUUCUCGAAUCAACCGAACAAUCAAAUGGGCGGUGGUGGUGGUGGUGGUGGACAGCAACAAAAUAGAUUCCAAGGUGGUGGUGGUAACAUGAACAAUAAUGGAUUCAAUGGAGGUGGGAUGGGAGGAAUGGGUUUCAAUCCUGCUGCUGCUACAGGUGGUUUAGGAGGUGGAUUCGAUCCUAAUGCAAUGGCUAUGAUGUAUCAGAAUAUGAUGAAAAACAAUGGUAUGGGAUCAAUGAUGCCUGGAUUCGAUCCUUCAUCAAUGGCUAUGAUGUAUCAAAAUAUGAUGAAGACAAUGGCUGGUAACUCUGGUGGUGUAGGUGUAGGCGGUAACGCACCCGCCAUCAACCCAAAUAUGGCCAUGAGGAACGGUAUGGGUGGUAUGGGCAUGGGAGGUAUGGGCAUGGGUGGAAUGGGAAUGGGAGGAAUGGGCAUGGGAGGUAUGGGAAUGAUGGGUAUGAAUGGUAUGGGAAUGGGUGGUGGUAAUAUGGGAAUGGGAGGUGCUGGCGGAAUGGGUAGAGGAAUGAACCAAAACCAAGCUAGACCCGUACCUAACGCCCCUCGAGGUCCCGCAGCGAUGAGAUCCGGUCCAUCCACCGGCGGACCUUCUUCUGGUCAAGGUGGAAAUACACCUACUGGUCCAGGUGCGCAACGGUAUUCUACUCAAGGUUCAGCAAGAGCCAAGCCGUAUUAA